CUCCUCUGUCAAUGUCAACUGUCAAGAUAAUAUGGAAUAAGGAUGCAAAUACAUCUUAUAAAGUGAAAGCCUAAAUAAAUAAAUACGAUAAAAGUUUUGUUAAUUGAAAAAUUGCAAUAAGAAUAUGGCACUAGCUAUACGUAAAUCUACUCUCAGUAUUUUGGCAACUGCAAGAUGUAUUGUACCGAGAGAUUUUCGGGGUUUAUCAUCUUUACCGGAAACAAAAGAAGACGUAGCCCAAGAUGUUGCGAAAAGGUCGACAGGACGUAGAAUUAGGUUCCAAAAUCCAGCUUUAGAGUACCGACAUGUUUACCCGGAAUUCUUGCCUGAUCCGAAUCCUAAAUGGAGGAAUACGUUACGAGAGAAAAUGGAAAGAGCUGAUAUGUUAAAAAGAAGAAGUCAAAUUGAUAUUCCUGAGUUUUAUGUUGGGUCUAUUCUAGCUGUUGUCAUAUCUGAUCCCCAUGCUCAAGGCAAAACCAGCAGGUUUGUUGGUAUUUGCAUUGAAAGAAAAGGGUGUGGUCUCAGAGCUGAGUUCAUAUUAAGGAAUGUUGUGGAUCACCAAGGAGUAGAGAUUCGUUAUGACCUCUAUGAUCCUACGAUACAAUCAAUACAAGUGCUACGCCUUGAGAAACGUUUGGACGACAAACUCUAUUACUUGAGGGAUGCAUUGCCCGAGUACAGCACAUUUCCAUUUGAUAUGGACCCAGAAAUACUUCCAGAAGGCACUCCGGUGUCUGUUAAUCCAGUUCAGGUAAAACUAAAGCCAAAGCCAUGGCUUGAAAGAUGGGAGCGGCAAGAACUUAAAGGAGUUGCUAAUAUUGAAGAACAUCUUAAAGAAAAAGAUAAAGUUAGGAGAGAGUUAAGAAAGACUCCUUGGGAAAAAUAUGAUUUAAUGAAACAAUACAGACAAACAAUACCAGCGGAGGAUCAAAAUGAAAUAUGGGGAGAGGUUCAUAAUCAAUUGAAUCAACUUAGACUUUCACGUAAAAAGAUGUUCAAAAAACGUCCAGUCAGCGCACCUAAAACUCAGCUUGCGUAAUAACAUAAAACUACUAAAUAUAUAGCCUAUGAUAGA